AAGUCAUUUCGCAUUUUGAUACUUCCUUUUGACUCUUGAAGUUCCUUCUAUAAAAGCUCAUUUCAACACACAAGACACAACUGAUCACUUGCCAAAAACACACAUAGAAUCUAUUAAUAGACCAUUCUUUAUAGCUUUGAUUCACUAUGGCUAUAAACAUUCAAGAAUCAACUUUUCUCCCUCUACAAGAAAAAAUAGUCUCUAACAACAAGAUUGCCCGGGCCAUAGAGCUCAUUGUUCUUUCGUUGCUCGUCUCCAUGCUUGUUUAUCGGGUUGUUUCUUUAAAAGACCAACACCACUAUCUCCCAUGGUUGCUCGCUUUUCUGUGCGAAUCCUGGUUCACUUUCAUAUGGAUUCUUAGCAUGUGUACCAAGUGGAACCAAUGUUACACGAUAACAUACCCUGAACGACUCUUGGAAAGGGUAAACGAAUCUGAGUAUCCGGAGGUAGAUAUCUUUGUCACCACUGCAGACCCCAUUCUAGAACCAUGUAUCAUAACAAUGAAUACCGUAUUAUCCUUGUUAGCGGUGGAUUACCCGACAAAUAAGUUAGCUCUUUAUCUUUCCGACGACGCCUGCUCACCACUUACGUUUUACUCACUUGUUGAGACAACAAAAUUUGCAAAGCUUUGGGUACCCUUUUGCAAAAAGUAUAACAUCCAAGUUAGAGCCCCGUUUCGGUACUUCACUUCCAACUCCACCUCGUUGGACCAUGAUUCUUUAGAGUUCCGAAAUGAACACAAAAAGAUGAAGAACGAAUAUGACUAUCUUUACAAGAAGAUAGAGGUUGCAGCUCAGAGACCAUUCACAUGUGAUGAUCCUAAUUCGGAUUUUUCUGUUUUCUGUGAUGUCAACCGGUCAGACCAUCCAGCUAUCAUCAAGGUUGUAUCAGAAAACACAGAACUACCUUAUAUAAUAUAUAUCUCAAGAGAGAAAAACCCCAAACAUGAUCAGCAUUACAAAGCUGGAGCUAUGAAUGUUUUGGCUAGAGUGUCAGGAGUAAUGACAAAUGCACCUUUGAUGUUGAAUGUAGAUUGUGAUAUGUAUGCAAACAAUCCACAAGUGUUUCUUCAUGCAAUGUGUGUUGUAUUUGGUUACAAAAAUGAUCAAGAUUGUGGUUUUGUUCAAUUCCCUCAAGCUUUCUAUAAUGGAUUGAAGGACGACCCGUUUGGGAAUCAACUCGCGAAUUUUUAUUAUAUUAUGAACGGAUUAUCAGCAAUUCAAGGGAUAUUCUAUGGGGGGUCAAAUUGUUUUCAUAGACGAAAGGUUAUAUAUGGUUUAUCUCCUAAUGAUAUAAAAAAUACUGAAAACAUAAGAAAUGAAGAUCUACAUAAAGUCUUCGGAAAAUCAUUUGAAUUGAGAGACUCAGCUGCUCAGAUAUUAUCAGGAUCAAACCCAAAUAUAGAUCAAAAGAGUCCCUCUUGUUUUAUUGAGGCAGCAAUCGAUGUCGCAAGCUGUAGCUACGAGUAUGGUACACAAUGGGGCAAAAAGGUUGGUUGGCUUUAUGGUUCCACCACUGAGGAUAUGCUCACUGGACUCAACAUCCAUGGUAGAGGAUGGAAAUCCGUUCUUUGCUCACCAUACCCGCCUCCUUUUCUUGGUUGUGCACCAUCAACAUACCCAAGUUCAUUGGCCCAACAAAAAAGAUGGGCCACCGGGCUUCUUGAGGUCCUGUUCACCGAUAAAAACCCGUUACUUCUUACUAUGAAAGGAAACCUUUGGUUUCGACAAGCCCUUGCUUAUCAUUGGAUAUGCUUAUGGGGAGCUCGAUCCAUUCCUGAGAUAUGUUAUGCAUUUCUUCCUACAUAUUGUAUCAUCACCGGCUCACAUUUCUUGCCUAAAGUCAACGAACAAGCGUUUAUUAUCCCCGUAGGUAUUUUCGUUAUAUACAAUGUUUAUGUUUUAUGGGAAAUUAAACGUCUAGGUGUAUCCCUACGUAUGUGGUGGAAUCUGCAGAGAAUGGGGAGAGUGACUGCUGUGACAGCAUGGUUCUUUGGGUUUUUAAGUGUGGUGCUGAAACUCAUAGGUUUAUCAAAAAUUGCCUUUGAAGUAACAAAAAAGGAACACAAGCCGAAUAAUGGUGAUGGUGUUAGUGAUCAUUGUGAUAAAAAUGCUAGUAGGUUUACUUUUGACAAGUCACCCAUGAUCAUGGUAGGUGUUGUCAUUCUUCUAGUCAAUAUGACUGCACUUCUUAAUGGUGUGUUGAAAUUAUUAAAGGUUGACCAUAAUGACAUUUGGACGGAGUUAUUAGGAUUAGGGUUAGGAGAGAUGUUCUGUAGUAUGUGGUUGUUACUUUGCUUUUGGGAGUUUUUGAAAGGGUUGUUUGGGAAUGGGAAGUAUAGGAUUCCAUCCUCGAUAAUUUGGAAGUCAGGAGUUUUGGCUUUGUUCUUUGUGCGUAUAUGUAGAAGAUCUUCUCAACCGAUUUGAAUGAUUCGGUAAGUGAUUUAUGGUACCUAUUGUAGUUCUUGAA